GCGGGGCCGGGCCGGACCUGCCCGCGCCGGCAGCGCCAUGGCCAGAAAGCGCAGAGCAUCGCCCCGGCCCGCAGCCGCCAAAAAGAGGCGCUCCGGGAGGCUGCCAAAGGAGGAGGAAGAGGAGGAGGAGGAGAAGGAUGAUUUUGAAGAGAAAAAGCCCAGUAUAAAAAAGACCUCAAAACCUCCAGCUAGGAAAAAGGAAGAAGAUUGUGAAACUGAAGUUUCCAAUUCAGCAAAAACUUCCAAACCUUCAAAACAAGAAGAGGCAAAUUCACAAAUAAAAGAAAGUAAAAAGAAUGCUAGAAAUAAAGAGAAUUGUAUCAAAGAGGAAAUAUGCAGUGACUCACUGAAGCAUCCUCAGAAGGAGAUGAAGUUAAAGACAGAAUCUCCUGUUAAAAAAGAGAUGGAUGAAGAUAAUACUGACAACGAUGAUGAUGAUGAUGAAAGUGAAGAUGAGUGGGAGGAUGUGGAAGAACUUCAGGAACCCUCUACAGAUAAGUUAGAAGAAGCUGCUGUUCUUCCAUCAGUGGGGCUGCCAAGCAAUCCUGUCGAGAUAGAGAUUGAAACCCCAGAGCAGGUGAAGAAAAGAGAAAGGAGAGAAAAAAGAAAAGCCGAGUUUGAGAUGUACCUUCGGAGAAUGAUGAAACGUUUCAGCAAGGAGGUUCGUGAGGACACACAUAAGGUUCACUUGCUGUGUUUAUUAGCAAAUGGUUUCUACAGGAACAGGAUCUGCAGCCAGCCAGAUCUCCUCGCCAUCGGUCUGUCCAUCAUUCCCACGCGCUUCACCCAAGUGUCUGCAGGCCAAGUGGGCCUUGUCUACCUUUCCAACCUGGUGAAAUGGUUUGUUGGCACCUUCACUGUCAAUGAUGAGCUCUCCACUGAAAAAGGAGAGCCCCUUCAGUCAACAUUGGAGAGGAGGUUUGCCAUCUACACUGCAAAGGAUGAUGAGGAGCUUGUUCAUAUAUUUUUAAUUAUUCUGCGAGCUUUACAGCUGCUGUGUCGCCUCGUGCUGUCUUUUCAGCCUAUUCCUCUCAAGGAGACAAGACCAAAGGGAAAGAGCUCAUCCAAGAGGCUGUCUCACAGCAGCACCUCUGAGGGACAGAAGAGUUCUGCCACAACACCCAAAGCUGUGGCAAAAUCAUGCCCCUGCAAAAAAGCCAAGCAGGAUGAGAAAUCCUCAGAGAGCAAAGAAAACAACAAGGAGCCAAAGAAACCUAAAACUGCCCAGACUGAAAGGACACAAAAGUCAAAGCUGACUAAGGGUAGCCAGGCACAGAAGGAAUCAAAUAAUGAGACGAGUUCAGCAGAAAAAGAUGUGCCAGUCAGGCCCAAGAACGACCGCCGGAGACGAGUGGCCUCCAAAGUGUGUUACAAGGAGGAGAGUGGAAGUGAUGAGGGCAGUGCUUCGGACUUUGAGCUUUCAGAGGAGGAGAGUGAUGUCUCUGAUGAGGAUUUUGAAACUGUCCCUAAGAGGCGGAGAAGCUCACAGGCUUCCCAGAAUUCAAAGCUGACAACUGUGAAAAGGUCAAAAACUAACACUUCAGAAACAAGGCAGUCAGAAAAUUUGUAUGGAGCUGAGACUAAGCCAGCAAAAAGUACAACUCCAGCCUUGUCUGAAGCACAGAGGAAGAGAAACAAAAUCAUUUCUAGUGAUGAGGAUGAAGGACAGCAGGAGGUGAGGAAAGCCAUGGGCACAGACCAGUGGCUGGAGGUUUUCCUUGAGCCUGAGGACAAGUGGGUUUGUGUAGACUGUGUUCAUGGCAAUGUGGGCCAGCCCCAGCUGUGCUUUGCACAUGCCACAAAGCCGCUUUUCUACGUCGUGGGAUUUGACAACGAUGGGAGUGUCAGGGAUGUGACACAAAGAUAUGAUCCAGUGUGGAUGACCUCAACAAGGAAGAGCCGUGUGGACCCAGAGUGGUGGGAAGAGACACUGCAGCCCUAUGAAAGUCCCCAUGUGGAGAGAGACAAGAAGGAACAAAAUGAGUUUCAAGUGAAGCUUCAAGAUCAGCCUCUACCAACAGCAAUUGGAGAGUACAAAAACCACCCUCUCUAUGCACUGAAGAGGCACCUCUUGAAAUACCAGGCCAUCUAUCCCGAGACAGCUGCUAUCUUGGGGUACUGCAGGGGAGAGGCUGUCUACUCCAGAGACUGCAUACACACGCUGCACUCCAGGGACACUUGGCUGAAGCAAGCUCGAGUGGUGAGGAUUGGAGAAGUGCCUUACAAGAUGGUAAAAGGAUUUUCCAACCGGGCGAGGAAGGCGCGCCUGGCAGAGCCGGCGAACCGGGACCGGGAGGACCUGGCGCUGUUUGGCCACUGGCAGACAGAGGAGUAUCAGCCUCCCAUAGCAGUGGAUGGAAAGGUUCCUCGGAAUGAAUAUGGAAAUGUCUAUCUCUUCUUGCCAUCCAUGUUACCCGUGGGCUGUGUGCAACUGAAACUGCCAAACCUGAACAGAGUGGCACGGAAGUUGGACAUUGACUGUGCUCAGGCCAUCACUGGAUUUGAUUUUCAUGGUGGCUACUCACACCCAGUUACUGAUGGCUAUGUGGUGUGUGAGGAGUAUAAAGAAGUCCUUGUUGCUGCCUGGGAGAAUGAACAAGCAGAAAUGGAGAAGAAAGAGAAGGAGAAACGUGAGAAAAGAGCUCUAGGGAAUUGGAAGCUGCUGACAAAAGGACUUCUCAUCAGAGAGAGACUGAAGCAACGCUACUCCAUCAAGAGUGAGCCAUCAGCACCUGAGACAGAGAAAGGAGGGGGAUUCUCUUCUGAUGAAGAAGGAGCUCCAAGCUCAGAGAGCACAGUGGGGAACACAGCCAUGUACUGGCCCCAGAAUCGCCAGCUAGAGAAACAAGAAGAGAUAAAAACCAAAAAGAGCAAGCGAGAAAAGAGAGGAGAAGCGGCUCAGUUGUUCCCUUUUGAGAAACUGUGA